AUGAAUAACAUGAAAGCUUUCGUCGAAAAGUUCCGAAAGUCAAGUGAUAACCUAAAACAGGAUGACGAGCUGUACCUAGAAAGAAAGCAGCUGAACUCCCUGCAUAACUACUUCUCCCACUCGCUGCUCUACCUGGAGAGACUAGAGAGUGUUAUAAAGAACAUCAACAUCAUGAUAAGCGAUUUGAAUAGAAGCCUAAUGUCCUUCUUUGAAAAUGACGUGAAUCUAGAAACGAUUAAACAUGUGUCAUACAUACUUAACACAUUUAAUGAUGUGAGGGAGCAGAUAACUAGCCAUAUAGCCAACUCGAAAGUGGCCGCGAAUAAUACCCUUGAAAAUAUAAAGACGCUACAGAAUUUGUGCACGAGGAAGAAAAAUCUGGGAGCAUCUAUAGAACACUAUGAAAAGAAAAUUAGGAAGUUACAACUCGUUACCACCUCGAAUCAGAAGCAUUUGGACAAGGUGAUUAGGAAUGAGGCCAAGUUGAAUAUGGUGAAAAAUGAUUACCUAAAAUAUCAUGACGCUAUUAAGAAAGGGUUCGAGGUCAUUUUGGAAAAUAAAACCAACAAGGUUUUAUUUGACGCUCGCAAGGACUUGGAGAUUUUGCUGUGCUACUUCUCCCUCAUGAAUUCGGUUUCCCUCAAGCUGAAGGACCCCCUGAAGGAGCUGAAAUUCAAAUGCCCGGACGCGAAGAAGCCCAAGAUGCCAAUCGAUUACAACUUCUUCCUGGAGGAGGAAGACGACAUGAACUUCUUCAAAGAAAAGAAAAAAGGGUACAGCCACACCACCAGCAUGCAGAGUGCACACAUGCAGAAUGCACAUAGUAUGCAGAACGUACACAGCAUGCAAAGUGCACAGAGCAUGCAAAGCGCACACAGCAUGCAAAGUGCACAGAGCAUGCUGAGCAUGCGUAGCAUGCAGAACACGCAGAAUAUGCAAAUGAGCAGUGGGAAGAGUAGAGACUAUAACUACAGUAGCAGCAGCAGCGUCAACAUCAACCCCUUCGCUCGAACCCCCCUGCCGAGUUUAGAGAACAAAAUGUGCAAGAAGCCAGUAAGCCACGCUGCGCUAGCCGAACCCGAUGUUAAAAAAGAAUCAACUUUUUUCAACAUCAAAAGUCUUCUAGGCGUUGUUGACAAGUCGGCGUCAUCCUCUGCGCCCCCGAAGGCAAAGAGCUUUUCCUCCCCGAACAUCGCCCCGGCCUUUCCGCAGUAG